CCCUGCCCCCUCGCUCCUUGUCACCCGCCUGUCCCGGCUCCGCUCUUCCUGCUACCGCUAGCACCUGAUGGGUGACGGCAGAAGGAAAGCGUUAUAUUGGGGGCCUGCAGGCAGCGGGGCGGAGCUCGGGCUUGUCACAAUCCAUUCCUUCCUGACGCAGGCGGGGACUCCCAGUUCCGGCUCACGGCGGCGGCUGCUGCGGUUGGGCCGGAAAGACGCGCCAAAGGACGGGCAAAGAAAUGAUAAUGAGGAGGAGGUGCUGGCGAUGAGGGCACGGAAAGGUCUCAGCCGUGGGGCGCGCAAGCAACCGCCUCUGGGGCCCCAUUUCCCAGAAAGCCCGGGGGGCGUUCCGAGGCGGCAUCCAAUGGGGGGCGUGCACAGAGCCCAGCGGUGGCGCAGCUGGCGGCGCGUGCCUCGGCGCGUGCCUCGGCGCGGCUCUCGCUGUCGCUUUCGACCCAGAUAAGCACAAGCUUGUUUUGAGAGAGAUCCUAUCGCUACGAGGAAGCCAAGGCUGAAGGUCUCCCAUUGCUUUGCAUCAAGUGUAUUGUGAUGAGAACUUGGCAAGUGAUAUCCCUGGUCAGCACUAUUUUUCCUUGAGGACCACUUUAAGAAGCAGGUGAAGAAUGAGCCUUCCUCUCUCCUCCAUCCUUCAUUUUAAUUCUUUGUGGCGUCACCAGCACUUGUUUGGCUGGCAAGCUGGAACAUGUACAGCCCACAGCAAUGUAACACCAGAAGAUGGCAGAGCCACAGGAGCUUGGGGACCCUCUGGGGGAGGGCACUCUGGGGGCUGGUGCUUUUGCUGGCUCCCGCUUGGCUGGCAAUAGGCUCAACCUGGAUGUCUGCAUGGAUGGUUGUCACCAGUUCCUCGAGCUGUUUGAGAUGAGAAAGGAAGAAGUCUUGCAGGUGGAAUUCUUGAGGCUGAGUUGCAAUGAGGACCUCAUCACCUCCACGCUGAGCACCGUUCCUUCCCUGAAGGGCUUAAAAUCCCUUGUUCUGAAAGGUGGACACAUCAGGGAUGAAAUCGGUGCAUGCCAAAGAGGAACAUUAGCAUACUUGCCUCCAGAGUUCGGGGUGCUGAGCUGCCUCGGCCAUCUAGAUCUCAGUUUCAAUGACUUCAGUGCUUUGCCUCCCUGCAUCACGAAGCUGACCAACCUCCAUAGUCUCUUAGUGUGCCACAACAGUUUGCAGGAACUGCCCGAGGACUUUGGCCAGCUCAAGAAGCUAACUUUCUUCUCUGCCAUGAAGAACCAGCUCCGAGGUCUGCCACAGAGCAUAGGGGAGCUGGCAGUACUACAGACACUGGACCUUUCUGAAAAUGCACUGGAAUCGCUUCCUGAUGAGAUGGGGAACCUGCACAAUUGCACAGAGCUGGAUCUCUCAGGGAAUCUAUUAACAGGAAUCCCCAGCACUCUUGCCAAUUUGCAAUCUCUGCGGCAGCUACAUCUUCACAGCAAUCUUCUGGUGACAGUUCCUGCAUCCCUUGCCCGCCUCCCCAACUUGUCCAGGCUUGAUCUGCAAAACAAUAGGCUGCGCACUAUCCCUCCAGAGAUCCAGAGCCUCCCUUUUGUGCAUCUCCGUGGUAAUCCUCUAGGAGAACCAGAGGUACCUCCGCAACCCGGUGAUUCCAACCCCAAAGAAUUAAGAAGAUUGUUUCUGUCGGCUGGUGAGGAUAGCUUUACCGUGACACCUGAAGGGUGCAAAGUUUUCCUGUCCUGUGGUGUCCGGUUUUGCUUCCCCCGGGGUGCUGCCACUUCUUCAGUAACUAUCCGCUUCCAAAAAUGCUCCCCUGAUCCCCAGUGGGUGAAGCUGAGACACCAUGACAUCUUGCUAAGUGAAGUCCUGGAACUGAAGCCUCAUGGGAUUGAAUUCCAGGAGGAGGUGCAGAUAUGUUUGCCCUUUGUCUCCCCUCGGACCCUUCGAGAGCGCGAGGUCAUAAUUCGAACUUCUAGUGGGGAGACAUGGAGUGACCUAAGAACCAGAGUGGAGUGGAAAGGGAAGCAAAAGAAGCGUUUGGCAUGCUGCAGUGUCCCUCACUUCUCCUGGUUCUUGGUUGUCUCACGCCUUGUGGAGAACGAAUGCAGAGUCCCUCAGGAAGGGGUGUUGCUUUUUUCAACUGUUGAUCCCAACAUCAAAGUGACUUUUCCUCCUGGUGUGACUUUGGAGACGAGGACAGUGAAGCUCCAGGUGCUGCCUGUGUCAGUAGAUGAGCUACAGGAGAUCACAAAUGAUCCUGAGACCAUUGCCAGCCCCCUCCUCUGCCUCUCUCAGAAUUACACUGAGGACUUCCUUCAGCCUGUUAAAAUUCAGCUGCCGCUGCCUCCGGGCAUCACAGGUCAAACAUUGGAUCGCUCCAAGGUGCAUCUCCUGCAUAGUGACUGCAAUGCCCAAAACUGGAAUGACAUCACAGAUCAGGUGGUGCUGCAGUUCACCCACCUCUAUGCUUUGUUUGAAGUCACCCACUUCUCUUGGUACUGGCUGUGGUGCACCACCAAGGCCUAUAUUGGUGGUAUUGCCAAAGAAGUCUACAAAAAACUGCGCAUGUACCAAGUGAACUUUAUAGCUCUUCAGAGGAAGAAAGACCCUGAACAAGUUUUGCUACAGUGUGUCCCAAAGCACAAGGUUGAUCCUGUUCUGAAAAAGCUCCAGGACAGAUACCGAGGCCCUGAACCAUCUGACAUGGUAGAGAUGUUUGAAGGGGAGCAGUUCUUUGCCGCCUUUGAACGAGGCAUCAGCAUUGAUGCAGAUCGUCCAGACUGCAUUGAUGGAAGGAUUUCAUUCAAUUUUUUUUCUCGCUUGAAAAAUGUGAAAGAAAUCUAUAUCACUUCUGAAGUGGACAGAAAAAGCAAUGCUGUGAAAGGGCAGGUUUCCUUCUACCGAGGGGCUGUUCCAGAGAACAUUCCUGAAGAGGUUACCAAGAGGAGGAAAGGCCCCGAUUCCCACUGGCUGGCUACCUUACCAAUCAAACUGCCUAAACAAAAAUCUCAGGGGAAUGAGCAUCCAGACAUAAAAAAUGGCUUCUCCCUCCCGCCUCUGAAUUUGGGGAAUGCAGAAACUGGCUACUUGACCCAGUCUAACCUACUUGGCAUUGCUGGGCGUAUUGGAGCUGACUGGCAAACUAUUGGCUUAAAUCUGGGAUUGUCCUACCAACAGAUACAGCAGAUAAAAUACAACAACCGGGAAGACCUGAACACUCAGAUUCUGGAUAUGCUGUUCUCUUGGGCUCAACAAAAUGAAAAGAAUCCUGGUUGCAUAGACAAACUGAUCGACGCCAUGAAGGAGAGUGACCGCCAAGACAUAGCAGAUGAGAUUGAAGCCAUUAUUGCCUUGGGCAGGCAGAAAUACAGGGAGUCCAUCCGAAGAGUGGGUCUGGACCAGGAAAGUAGUGCUGAAGACUCCGCUAUUGCCAUGGUGUGACUGCUAGCAAUACUUUUCCUCCUUGCCUUACCAUGCAAUGCCUUGGGCAUGCUAACACUCCACAGAGGACAAGACACUGGGGUGUGUGUGUUACUGUCCACUGCAGGAACAGAGGCCAUAGAUAACAUGCCUCGAGGUCUUUGUGCUGCAUGCUUAAUGCUUGAACUUUAUGAAGCUGUCACGUGUCCUCACUUGGGGCUGCUGAUUCCCAGUGCUCAGAAUGACUUGUGUCUGUGAGUGUCAGUGGAGGCAUUCUGAAUCCUAAAUGUUGCCACUUUGGUGGCUUUAAUAUAUUUAUUGAAUUUCCUUAACUUACCCCUUAGGAAAUCAAGUCAUAAAUAGCUGUGCUGGUCCACUAGGAAAAAUCGAAUAAUACCUUUAUUAGGCCCAGCCCACAGGACACGGUCUUGAGCAGCAAGCUUCCAAGUUCUCUUCACCAGACCUUUAGAAAUAAUCCACUUGUGAUGCUGUCAGCUUCAGGAAUGAUGAAGGAAUGGAGAUGUUCUCUAGAGAUGAUGUGCUAAGAUUAGUUUAUCCCCACUCCCAUGAUACAUGGGUUCAAGCUUCUUUGAAUACUUGUCGAGGGACCCUGGGCUUUGGGGAGUAAGAAACAGGAAAGGUAGUGUGCAUCUCUUAUCUGCUACCACAGAGGUUUCCAACCUGUGCUACUCCAGAUGUUGCUGAACUACAACUCUCAUCAUCUCCCACUACAAUUUAUUGGGAACCUCUGUGCUAUCAGAUCCUACACGUUAGAAGGGACUCCGCCUCUACUCCCACAAUGAGCUUUGGAGAGAGGGCUGGGCACUUAGGUUCACCACAAGCCGAGCAUGCCCUCUCUUAGCAGCAGCCAGCUUCUCCUGGUAUCCUUUGGGGGUGAUUGAUAGUCUCCAGCCCUUCUUUGGAGAGCUUUGCUGCACAACUGCCCUUUUUUCUGUGCCAGUGGUGACUUCAUAGUGAGCUUGUAUGUAGCCCCUUGCCUGAUCGCCUGAAGGGGAAAUUUAACAGAAGUUGUGGUGGGAGGGUGUCUUAAUUUUACUUUACUUUUGGACCAAAAAUAACUGAUGAAUACAUAUAGGUUGGCUGUAAGUAAAGGUUUCUGUGGGCUAGUAACUUUGGCAUGGACUUUAUAGCUCCCUGGGAGUGUGUAUCUUCCAUUGCGGCCUGAAUUCACACCAGCAUCUGGACAGACUCCAUUUGUUAGACUCAUUUGGGCUACCUGAACCAUACUGCAGUUUCAGAGGUGAACUGCAUUCUGUGCUCUGUAUUUUAAAUUGUUGCAUGAAGGCCCUCGUACACUUGCAAACCUCAGCUCCAGUUUUGUGAGGGAGAUUUAUGCAGCCAUCUGUUUAACACUACAGAAAAGUCACUAUUCUUCAGGUGUCAGCUGUGCUGGCACUGUUGGAUAAGUGCUGUUUGCCCGGUACAUUGAUGGGGAUCUGUGUCAGUAGCCUGAAUGACCAUUCUCCUCCCCUCAGAACUCUUGAAACACAGUCCGGAGCUGUGGCUUCACUCUUCCCACCAGCUUCUCGUGUUUUUUAGAUGCUGUCAUCUGCACUAAAGUAACCCAGAUUCUUUGCCAGGAAAAGCUGAAUUCAGCCACCUAUAAUGGAUUACAUAAAUCUGAAGCAUCUUUUGUAUAUACUUGUCUAUUUUUGGCUAAUUUAUUCUGCUGUGAUUCCUCGGGGGAAGCAAUGCAGAGCACUGAAAGACUGGAAAUGCUGCUCAGCCUCCCCUCUGUCUUCUGCGAUUUCACCUUAAAAAUAAAAAAUGAACAGCAGUAUUCUCAAA